UUCUGAUUGGCUCGUUUUCAGAGGAACCACUCCCCCUUUACGGUGUGGUCUGCAGUUUUGCAAUAGGCUAUGAAGUCAGUGUUUUAACAAGGUGACACAUGCUUUCAUAAGGUGAAAAUACAGUGAGACAACCAGCAAGAUGGAAACCAAGGUGACAUCAGAGCCCAGGCCCAAUGGUCUCCCAAAUGGAGGGGCAGGGAUUGUUGUGGAUGAUGAUGACGAAGUCCUUAGCCCAACUGACCUGUCUGAGAUGUUAGCCGAGGGGACCAAGGAGUCCCAUGACAGAGCAGAGAACUGCCAGUUUGUUAAAGAUUUCCUCAGAGGUCGCAUCAAAAAGGAGCUGUUUAAGAGAGGUACAGCAGCUCUAUACUUUGUUUAUUCAGCCAUGGAGGAGGAGAUUGAGAAGAACAGAGACCACCCUUACAUCGCCCCAAUUUAUUUCCCCUCAGAGCUGCACCGACGAGAAGCUCUUGCUCGGGACCUUGAGUAUUUCUAUGGAGAGAACUGGAAGAGCCAGAUCAACCUCACUGCAGGCACCAAGCCUUAUGUGGACCGCAUCCACAAGGUGGGAGAAGAUGACCCGGUGCUGCUGGUGGCCCACUGCUACACACGCUAUAUGGGUGACCUUUCAGGUGGACAGAUCCUCAAGAAAGUGGCCCAGAGGGCAUUGAAGCUUCCCCUGACAGGCGAAGGUCUCAACUUCUACCAGUUUGAGGGUAUCCACAGUCACAAGGGCUUCAAGCAGCUUUACCGAAGCAGGAUGAAUGAGCUGGAGUUGAACGCUGAGACCAAACAGAGGAUUGUGGAUGAGUCCAACCGGGCCUUCGGAUUUAACAUGAUGGUGUUCACAGAGCUUGAAGAGAUUGGAAAGACCUUCAAAGAAGAAGUCCAAGAUGCAGGUUUUGGGCACAGUCAUGCAGAGAUCAUGGAGGGAGGUGAUAUCAACAAGUGCCCCUACUAUGCUGCAAAAAUGGCUGCCAGUGGGAAUCUCACCCACGGAUAUCACUUAGCCGCGAUGCUUCUCAGACAUCCACCCUGUCAGGUGGCUCUGGCUGCCUGGGUGGCCGUCCUUGCUGGCUUUACUGCCUGGUAUCUCAUGUGAGCUUGUUCUGCCAAACACCUUGGAGCAGAGGACACUGCUGCAUCCUGUUCAGACUUAAACGUCUUCACUCUGACUUGUGCUGUUUGAAAGUAGCACACAGUAAAAGAGAACCGAUAUGUUUUUGUUUGUUAAUAUCACAGUUACAGUAUUUAUUUUCCCUCAUGUAUUCCACUCUAUGGAACAGGUUUAUGCCUCCGCUCAUAACAGUGAGAGAGAUUUUUGAUUAUGCAGUUGUAGUUUGUCGAAGAAGAGCCAACAGAGAUGUUAUGAUGCAUGUGCCCUGUAUGCUGUGUUUACUGAUUAGAUGCAAGAUGUAGAAAUAUUAAAUGCAUUUUCUCCAUGUGAUUAUAUUAUUAUUAGUAGAAUUUAUUUAAUUUGACAGAUACACUGAUGUACAAAUGUGUGUACAUUUUGUCAUGUUUUUGGUGAUGAAGGUGUUUCUGACUGCAAAUAAACAACUGUAAAGUUUAAUUAUUAAAACAUUG